AUACAACUCUAAAUGAUAUACAGAUAACUGAACGAGGAGAACAGAGCAGAGCGCUUAUAUUAUCCAUGAAUGAUGAAACUGGAUUGAAUACUUUUAAAAAUGGCUUAUCAGAACCAUUUAGAUCCGUGGUAAUUGCAGCUCAACCAACAAAAUUAAUUGACGCAGUUAAAUUAGCAUCAAGCAUCGAUAAUCCACAACAACACAGUAUGAUGCACUACCGUUCACAUAAUCAAAACACAAGAUGGCAAAAUAAUCAACGGUCUAACCAGAAUAGAAACAAUUAUAGAAGCAACCAAAACAGGAAUCAAAGAAAUGGAAAUAAUCAACAAACCAGUUCAUUUAGAACUAAUCAACCCCAAAAUAACAAUCACCAACAAUUUGGACAACAACGAUCGAAUAAUUAUCAGCGAUCGAAUAAUUACCAACGAUUCAAUAAUUACCAAUGGUCAAAUAAUGGCAGACAACAGAAUAAUAGAGGAACAGACACAAGAAAUAAUAGGAUACGUGUCAUGAACAGGGAACAGGGAAACGAGUACAACCCCGGUACCAACAGAGAAACUACAGAAUAGGCUACGCGGGGACAACAACAAUAAAUGAGAAUGGAGAAUCAAUACCCAAUUAUAUUAUACUACAGACUUUAAAUAAAAAAUUAAAAUUCUUGUUAGAUACUGGCGCAGAUGUGUCAAUAU